UCCCCUUUAACUCUUUGUUAAAACCCGGAAGUAGAUCAGCGACCCUUAAAAACGUAGUUCUGGAGAAGUAUUUCACCCAGGUUUUCUGUGAAGUUUUUAAAAGUCUGUCCAGCAGCAGAUGGUUCUGUUGGUUUCGGCUUUCUUCUCCUCUUUCUUCCUGUUUGGACUGAUAGUGAAAGUGAAAGACAGCAACGUUUUAACAUUCAGUCUGCCCGCUCGGAUGAAUCAUUGUAUGUAAAAAAAAAAUAAAAAAAAAACCCAACAAAACAUUCAAAUGCCACGAUGUCCAAACCCCGAUUCAACAUCAAAACUAAAUCAUUACACUGUAAUGAAAUUCAGAGAUAAACUCGAUAACUUGUCCAUCUCAGAUUACCAGGGCCUGAGCAGUCCUGGUCUCACCUGCUACCUGAACAGCGUCCUGCAGGUUUUAUUCAUGACUGAAGAGUUUCGGGAAGCCGUGAAAAGAGAUUGGAGUAAAAGUCCAACAGCAACCAUUGAUUUCCACCUGGGGGAGCUGUUCCAUGCUUUAGAGGGAGAUGUGGCCAAAACACACAACAUCAUAAAAGCAUUGGGCAUCAAAGACGUUUUUGAACAACGUGACGCUGCUGAGUAUUUUGAGAAGAUCCUCUGUCGUACCAAUCCAAACGCCUCUGAGAUAUUCAAAGGUGAGCUGAAUCAUAAAACCACGUGUCUAAACUGCAAGAUGACAAACAAUUCAACAAACUUCUUCUGGGUGUUACCGCUGUCAAUGGGAGACUCAAAGUCCAGAAGCUACAGUGUGCUGAAAGGCUGGAGCAGUUUUUUUCAGGCACAAAGAGUCAGCAAGGACAACCAGAUGUUCUGCAGUGGCUGCAAUCAAAAGCACGACGCCGACAUUGAGUACGAGAUGAUCCACUGUCCAGAUGUUCUGACGCUGCUGCUGAAGAGGUUCUCCUUCGAUUAUCAGCAGAACCGUUACGUCAAGCUGCACUGCAGAGUCGAUGUGGCCCAGACUUUAGAAGUCAAGCACUGCAGGUACGACCUCUACGCCGUGGUUCAUCACUUCGGUGAUCUGAUGGGAGGUCAUUACACUGCAGACGUCAAAUCCUUUGAAACUGGAAACUGGUACUGCUUCAAUGACAACACUGUUAAAUGUAUCAAUGAAGUUUAUGUUAAAUCUGGACAAAACCAAAUAAGAUCAUCAACAGCUUAUCUCCUGCUGUACAAAAUGGUGAGCGGACGGCCCAAGGAGACUGAUGGGAGCGCUUUGGGAGAUUGUGGUCGUUCACCUGAAACUGGAGAUAGAUAUAAUGAGACAGAACCAAGAGACGAUUUUGUCUUUGAAGAUCUCCUGAAAACUGAAAGCCACAGAGGAGAAAACAUGCGGUAUUUAAACAAUGAUAUGACCAGAGAUGAUGAGUUCAAGAAGAAACGUUCAAACUCCUCCAGAGGAGCAAAUGAACAAUCAAACCAAAGAGCCGCACCAAGGAAAACACAGGGAUUCAUGUGGCUACCAGCAGAUACUGAAGCAAAGGAUUCAAAUGAGGAAAUAUGUUAUAACAACACAGAUACAUCCUCAGGCUGGAUGUUUAACCGAAGCUCCACCUCUCCUGUUAAAGGUGGAGGAGUGAAUGAGUCCAGAGACAAACCGGGUAACUAUAAGACAAACAAACAUCUUUAUUAUCACAACCCUACAAAAGGAAGAGUCGAGUCUGGAGGAACCACAGAUGUGUUUUAUUACGGGGAGGAUCCAGCUGUGGCAUCAACACAAAGAAAUGACCUGAGAGUUUCUAGAAAGACUUAUAACAAUGGUGUAAACACUUCAGUUUUAUCACAUAUAGGAGCCUCACAGUCUCUCAGAACAGAAACUGGAUCCAAUGGUUUGCAACAUUUUAGGACGUCAAAAAAAAGCUAGCAGGGAAAAGAGAGAACUGGUACGACAGAUGGCAGCUUGAGACCUAAAACCCUGGAAAGGAAACACUUUUGUAGCGCAGGCAAAAGGAAUAAAACAAAAAAACAACACCGGAAAUGAAAGAACCCAUGUUUAUUUUAAAGUAAGGUUUGAAAUAUUUCAUUUAGUGUUGUUAAUUUCUGACAACACUAUGUCUCAUAGAUUUACUCUUUGAAUUAUUAACUAUUUUCUCUGAAGUUAAUAUUCACUCAGGGGGUGAUUGAGCUAUUAAAACAGAAAUCUGCAUUAAACUAUUAAUUAUUUGUUCUAGUAAAUGUCUUGUAUUUUACUGAUGUUUCUUUGCCACAUUAUGAAUGUCCUUUUGAAU